AUGCAAACAUCUAAUAUAAAAUCAGAAUUAAAUUUUGACAAUAGUGAAUACAAUCAAGAUCGAAAUUCAUCACAAAAUAUCAAUCAAUUAACAUGUUGUUUAAAAGAUGCUAUUUUUUCUAAAUAUAUUUCUAAUUAUUUAAUUGAAAAAGUAGAAAAGAUAUGGAUAUUAUAUGAAAAACGUAUUGAUAAAUUUCUCAAAGACAAACAUCUUAAUAUAACUUGUAAUCAUAUUCGUCCACAAACAGCUAUUAAACUUGAAGAAUUAAUUAAAUAUGAACAAGAAAAUAUAGAUGCAUGUAAACGAAAUAUUGAAGUUAUAUGUUCUUCACGUAAACGCUUACGAAAUGAUGAUAAAUAUUCAGUUCAACUACAAUCAACUCAACGUCCACUAAUUAGUUAUAGUUCAACCCGUGUACCAAAAACACCACGAUGUAUUGAUCGUUCUGAUGUAACAAGUGAUGUCUAUAACGAUAAUAUUGAUGAAUUAAAUGAUUCAAAAUCAAAUAAAAUAAUCAAUCAAGAACUAAAUGAAUUUUCGUUAAAUUCAUCUCAUCAUAAUUUUCGUCAUUGUCUAUUUCAACAUGGUGAAAUAUUACCACUUGAUCCAAAUACAAAAACUCGAACAAUAAGAAUUACAUACAGAUUUAAUGAUUGUGAAGAUGGAUCCGAUGAACUAAGUACAUGUCUACAACAACAAUAUACAUCAACACAAUUUCAAUGUCGAAAUCAAAAUUGUACACUAAUUUCAUAUGUUUGUGAUGGAAGGAGAAAUCGAAUACAUUAUUGUGGUGAUAAUAUUGAUGAAAAUCCAAAUCAAUAUCUUUCAAAAGUUUUCGAUCGAGUGCCUCUAAGAUAUACAACUUACAAAAUACGCAUGUUUUACAUGGCAUCAAUGGAAAACCAUUACAAUCGAUUUUCAUCUCCGCAAAUGCCACAAAAUGUUCAAACAAUAAUGAAUAAUAUACGUAAUUUUAUUACACGUUCAACAAAUAAUAUAAAUAUAGGUAGAGUUCUAUUUCGAAAUGCUCGAUCUACUACAGCAAGAGAUCAGUCAGCAAUUAAACCAUCAGCAGUAUUUCCUAGUUCAAUGUUUACUGCAACAAUAACAGCAUCUAAUCAAUCAGCUCGAUUGGCGACAUUGUCUGACGAAUCGGCUAAAUUAAAUGUUGAAGUUAAACCAUCUUCAUCAAAACUAAGUCCAAAAGCUACUCCUGCAUCUUCUCUUCAUUAA